AUGAGACGAAUUCAAAACGACGAUGAUUACAUACACCCCGCCCUGUUUCCAGUUGAAACCACCACAGCUCGAAAAUACUGGGAGCCAGAAAGCAAAGAUAAUCCUCUAAAUGCCUGGAAGCACCGUUGUGAACUUAUUGCGAGGACCCCCAGCAGCAAAAUUCUUCAAAACCGGACAAUUGCCAUCAAAGACAAUAUAUCAGUUGGAGGAUUACCCACGACCGUUGGAACAUUCAAGGAGCUUUUAUGCGAAGAAGAUGGCAGUCUUCCGCUCUCCACAAUAGAUGCCGCGGUGGUGUCGCGUAUCCUGGAAGCUGGUGCGACGAUCAAAGGCUCUUCAAACUGUGAGAACUAUUGCGCAUCUCCCCUUUCCUUUAGUGCGGCCAAUGGGCCUGUUCACAAUGCCUGGAAGUAUGGAUAUACUUCGGGAGGAAGUAGCAGUGGCUCCGCAAGCCUGGUUGCUGCUAAUAUUGUCCAACGUGAACAGGGGGGAUCUUUUGGGGAAAUAGUUGAUCUGGCUAUCGGGGGUGACCAAGCAGGAUCGGUCAGGAUUCCAGCUUCCUACAGUGGAAUAUACGGUCUUAAGCCAACGUAUGGACUUGUACCGUACACCGGCGCAGUAUCUUUGGCGCCUAUGAUUGAUCAUCUGGGUCCUCUUGCAAAUAACCUGGAAGACAUCGCAUUGUUGCUUCAAGUCAUGGCAGGCUAUGAUGGGAUUGACCCGCGCAUGACUCCAGAAUCACCACUGAGAUCCCAGGUGCAGGAUUAUCCGCGACUUUUGUCACAAUUUCGAGAUCGCAAACUUGAGCAAGGAGAGGAUUUCGGCUCUGGGCUGACCAUCGGCCUUCUCGCAGAAUCAUUUGAAAUACAGGGGUUGUCUGAAGAAGUUCGCGAUACUGUUCGACAAUCAGCCCGAGAAUUCUUCACGGCUGCUGGGGCGAAAGUUGUGGACAUCUCUAUACCGCAUCACCGUGACGGCAGUUUGAUCUGGACUGCUGCCACUCGAAUGUCCAUGUCGGAAUGGGUCUUCCAGGGCAAGACAUCCGGAUUACUUUCUUUCUUGCCUUCUCACAUCCACCCUCGAUGGCCCCCCGACCAGAGAAUGUACGAGCUGACCACAGCGACAAAUCCAGCUGCUGUCAACGUGAUGCUCAGUGGACCGUUUCUCCAAGAGCAUUUUGGUCCUCAGGUGGAAGCCAAGGCCCACCGUAAGGUGUUUGAGCUUCGGGCGGCAUAUGACCAGGCGUUCAUGCAGGUAGAUAUCCUUGUCACACCUUGUGCACCCACGGUUGCGAUGCCACACCCCACGAUGCAGGUUAAUGAAGAUGGCUCCUAUUCGAGCGUCAUGGAUAAACUGUCCGCGGCGGUUGGCGUGACGACGAACACGGCGUCGUUUAAUGUUACUGGUCACCCUGCGCUGAGCGUGCCAUGCGGGUUCGGUCAAGACUCGGACGCGUCCGAGGUUAAACUGCCGAUCGGCAUGCAACUCGUGGGGCGUCGAUGGGAAGACGCAACAGUGGUGAAAGCGGCGGCAGUGUUUGAAGAAGGCAGAAAGCGAAUUUGCAUAGAUGGGGGUUGA